CUAUCUCUCUCUCUUCCUUUACAAAGAGCUCGAUCGGUUGAGAAAAGAGCAAGAUCUAGGAUGUGCGAGGACUACAACUUCCCUAUCGGCAUCCUCCCUAAAGGUGUGCGAGGCUAUAAUCUUGAGCCCUCCACGGGAAAAUUUUCUGCCUCCUUGGCCAGUCGUUGCAGUUUCUCGCUCGAAAGGUCGUACCAGUUGAAGUACAAAUCCACUAUCAGAGGUUAUAUUUCGCAAGGCAAGUUCUCGAGCUUGGAGGGCGUUAGUGUGAAGCUCUUCUUCUUCUGGGUUGACAUUGUUGAGGUACAGAGGAAAGGGGAUAGUCUCGGAUUCUCGGUCGGGAAAGCUGGUGCGGAUUUUCCUAUUGAUAACUUUGAGGAGUGCCCUCAGUGUGGUUGUGGAUUGAAUUGCAAUGAUGGGCAACUAAAGAAGGUCAGAUCAAUCCCAAUUGUUUCUUCAAUCGGUUGAGAAAAGAGGAAGAUUUGGGAAUAUCUUUGCAAGUAUCU